GCGGGUUGGACCCUGACCUAAGGAGAAAGUGUGUGGAAGAGAUGGUGAAGCGCGACACUCCUGGAUAUGCUAUCGGUGGUCUAAGUGGUGGUGAAGAAAAGGACAUUUUCUGGAGGAUUGUAACUUUAUGUACUGACUUGUUGCCUGAUCAUAAACCGAUAUAUUGUAUGGGGGUUGGAUAUACCGAAGAUUUGAUUGUAUGUUCGGCGCUGGGAGUUGAUAUGUUUGACUGCGUUUUUCCAACGCGCACAGCGCGUUUUGGAAAUGCGCUGACACCAACUGGAACGCUGAAUUUGAAAUCCAGUAAAUUUUCUCAAGAUUUUAGACCUAUCGAGGAAGAUUGUGACUGUUUAACUUGUAAAUCUUUCACCAGAGCAUAUGUUCAUCUGCAAUCUACGCGAGAAACUGUUGGAUGUCAUCUUAUCACUAUUCAUAAUGUUUCAUAUCAAUUAAGAUUAAUGCGUAAUAUCAGAAAUGCUAUUGCUGAAAAUAGGUUUCCACAAUUUAUACAAAAAUCAUUCAAGGAUCUAUUUGGUGGUCCGGACCGAUACCCUGAAUGGGCUGUCAAUGCCUUAAAGAGUGUCGAUGUAACAUUGCUUCCUUAG